CGAGGGUUCAUUUUAUGAAUGCUGAGCGACAUGAUUAAGAAUUCAGCGAUGAAGUUGUCGAAAUGAAGACGAAGCUUGGAAAAUAACGGCAAGAAUGUGUUCAUAAUUUUCAGGAGCGACUGCCAUGUCCGUGGUGUUAAAAAAAAACGUGUAUUAGUCAUAUCCGCAUUGUCUGUUAGUUUGAGCGUUGACGAAGACAAAUCUGUUUGUUUGUUGCAAAUCUGAGGACUGUUGUUGUGGCGUGCAAGUACCUACGAGCCUCCUGGAGAGAUAUGGAGCGAUGCAAGGUUUUUUUGCUCUCCGUCGUGGACGAAGGAGGUUCGUGAUCAUCAUCUCAGGAGAGGACGAGGAUCAAGUUGUCUAUCCAUGUCACGCUUCUUUAGCUCUUAUGCUAGUAGGCAGUCACUACCUGCUUAACCUUUUUGUUCCUACCCCACAGGUCAGAGACAACAUCAGGGAAUCCGUUGCUGAGAUUCCGAUCUGCCUGGAAUUUUCACCACCGUUUGUGUGUUGUUUGUGAUCUUUCAGGCAUGUAGUUCUUGUUAAUGCGUGAAUUAUUUUUGUAGUUGUCAUAAUACGAAUUCAUAGGUUCCUCUUGUGAUGUUCUCAGAGUACUCGUAAUAUAGUUUUUGUGGAUCUUCUUCUUCAUUUUUAUGCUGACUGAGGGAACAAGAAGUUAUAGUUUUGUACAUAGCAUCAACACGUACAGCACGUACACUUACGCAACAUAACUACCACGACCAAAUACGCACAAACUGAAAUUUUUUGGAGGAAGUAUCUUGCUGGUCUGCGUGAGCUUUUUCACGUUGGCUUUGGCAUCUACUUCGCAAACAAAACAAAACAUGGGGAUCCAACUGCAGCCGACAACCCUUGAUCAACCAGACAAGAUGAAGGAACGCGAACAGCGUCCAGAUUUUGGUAAACUCCUUAAGGGUUUCGACAUUGCAUUCUUCACCACCGUCCUUCACUCGUUUUCCAGUAGGAAAAGGGUCAAGGAUGUUCCGACGAGUGUAACUCCGUAACCUCUAAGCUCCUUGCCGACUUGCACGCAGUCGGGGUGCAUGUCCCUGAAAUUUUGCUGCCAGAUCCCUCCAAAGUGGAUAUGACUAAGUGGGGGGUCAUCGCUUGCGACCAAUACUCUGCGGAACUACCCUACUGGGAACGAGUCAAAGCCAACGUCGGUAAGGACUUCUCUACGCUCCAUUUGGUCUAUCCGGAAGCCUACCUGCCUCAGAAGAAGGAUGACGAAUACCUGGCCAAGAUCGCGGAGAAGAUGACCGAAUACACUGUCCCUUUGGUGAAGACCACGCAGGAGAAAUUGGCGGAUGUUGGAGAGGGAACCAUGAUAAAAGGUGGAAAAGUGGACAAAGACGACAUGACCCCGAAGAGAGUCUGUGAGCGCAACAACGACGAUGGUAAUCAGAUUCACAGUACCACUAUAGGAGCAGACGGUACUCCAACCAUGUCGACUCCUACCUCUAAGGAUUACAUCAAUAUUUUUGCAUUCCCCAGAACCAUCCUUGGCUUUUUUCGUGUGGAAAAUCAGUCAAGAAUGUUCUGAGAGAUGCAAUUGUGUAACCUGCUCUAAUACCUGCAAAACUACUUCUGCUGUAGGUGGUGCCAAUGUCAAAGCGGAUCAAACUCCCUUCCUUCCUGAUGCUCAUGUCGGUUUCAUGCUGAUUGACCGCAGUACACCGACUAUUUCCUCGCGCCGUGGCUUGGUCCUGUCUCUAGAUUUGGAGCAAUAUGACUACAGUCCGGACUCUCAAACUCUGAUUCGCGCAACGGAGAAGACGGUGGUAGAACGUCUACCGAUUCGUGCCAAAAUCCGCGAAAACGCGUCUCUUGAGCUGCCGCAUAUUGUGAUCCUCUUAUGGCUGUUGAAACAGUAGUAUGCUUAAUACAACAAGUAUCUCUAUCUAUUAUAGAUAUUGUGAUUGUGAUUAGUUUCUAGACAACUCAACUUUAACAUACGAGGAUUUUUGUCUUCAUGGAGUCCUCUCAAACAGACGUAGACGCAUAAACCUGCUUCCUCCACGUGUACAUGCAAUCAGCACUCUCUAAUCCCCGUCGACGAUCCGAAGGACCAGCUGCUAGGUCCUCUAUUUGCGAAAAAGGAGAAGCUUGAAGUCGCCUAUGAUUUCGACUUGAUGGAAAAUGCUGGACAUAUUAAGGGCUGGAAGUUGCGACUUCACAACGAAUUCGAUGCUCUGCAGCAUGUGGCGGAGGUACUUCUCGUGAAUAUGAUUCAUUACUUAUGUAGUAGAAGAAUAAGAUUCAUUAUGCUUAUGUGAUAGACAUAGACUUUGGAUUUGGAAUCGAACAAGUAGAAAAGAAUAUGAGCUAUGAAUAUGAGAACACACCGACGCCGACCUUCAAUAAAUCAUGAUGAAGAAGCUAGUCUUGAUUCCACUUCGCGUUCAUUGACCUCAAGAAAUUGAAUUUGUUCAAACAAUAAAUGGAAAUCUUUCUCCUCCUCCUCCUCCUCCUCCUCCACAGAAUCAUGGUCUUGAAUGUUCAUCCAACUAUUCCCCAAAGCCCAACCACAUAAAAACCAUCAGGUCUUCCACCAACUAAAAGCCGAUCACACUCAUGGCGACAGUGCACCGAUGUUGUUCGCAGUUGGUGACGGCAACCACAGUCUAGCCGCCGCAAAAGUCGUGUGGGAGAGUACCAAGAAACGGCUGAAUAUGACACCCGAGCAAGCGGAGCGACAUCCUGCGCGAUAUGCCUUAGUCGAGAUCCAGAAUAUCCAUGAUGACAGCAUCGAGUUCGAACCGAUUCACCGAUUGAUGUAUGACAUGAAGCCAAGUGAGUUCAUGGCGAAAAUGCAGAAGUACUGUGAUCAAGUGCACGCCAAGUUUGAGUUCGAACAAAACAAAGUGCCAUCAACUUCUGAGGAAAAUGAUGGAGAAGGAGAAGCUCUUGGAGAAAGUGGUGGUGAAAACAAAGAUGUUGCCGUGGAAGGAGAAGAGGGUACUAAGCAAGGUGAAGAGGGAGAAACAAAGACCGAGCAAGUACUGGCUAAAAAUGAGGAAACUACCUCUCCUGAAGAGAAGACGGACGUCCACGAGUUCAUCUUCGUCACCCCACUUCCGCAUGAAUCCGGAAAAAUCACUAUUUCGAAACCGAAUCAUUCUCUUGGAGUUGGUUUUCUGCAGAUGUUUUUAGACAGUCCGCUUUGCUCCGGAUCGACCUUGGAAUACAUCCAUGGCGAAGACUCCUUGCGAAGACUGGUCGAUGAGGAAAGCAAUGUUAUGAGAAAGGAGCUAACAUUGACAUUCAUUUAAACCUUUCGACGUGAACUUUUUCAUCAAAUGAUAUGUAACUGUCCCCGUCUUGCGGUGUACUUUUUCCUGGAAGUGAGAGAGAAAAAAAUGAAUUGUACAGAACAGACGUAGGAUUACUGACUCGUCAACACUGUUGUUGUAAGAAUGAUCCUGAACCCUUGUUUCCCCCAUUCACUUUCCCAUGUCCCCCUUUGCUCUAUGAUCUUCAUGUACCCCUUCUGCUCUAGUGUGUGCGUUUAUGAUUAGCUUAGCUAACUGCGGGGCUUGUGAAGUUAAACAGCCUACAAUCUAAUCCAAUCAUCAUUAUUAUCUUCUUCAACCCUUGAUUCUGUCUCCCUCUAACCCAAGCGGCGUGAAGAACAGCGUUUGCGGUGUCAUCUUGCCUCCAAUCGGAAGUAAGACGGGCCUAUUUGCAGGUGUCCAAGAUUACGGAGUCCUUCCUAGGAAGUCUUUUUCGAUGGGGCAUGCGGAUGAUAAGAGAUUCUACAUCGAGGCCAGAAGGAUUCGGCCAGUAGAGGCGAAGGGAGAAUUGACGAUCAAAUCACCGAAACUGGAUGCGUAUAAUACGCAGCCAGUGAUUCAAUUGUCGCCGUGA